GGUUUAUUAAAUUAUGAUACUCCAUUACUCCAUAGGAUAAAAUAAUACUGAAGCUAUUACCAAAAACCAGAUAGCUCUGUAAGCACUAACACAAUAAAGUUAGGUGAAAAAGCAAGUAGCUAACAGCCGCAUUUAUAUAACUAACAAAGCUUUGUCUAUGACAUCAGAAAAGUCUGGAAGAAUAGCCAUCUAACUCAGGGAAUUGAGUGCAGGGCAGAUAGUGGGGAUUUUCACUUUUGAUUUUCUAUCUUGGCACUGACUUUUUAAAAAUAAUCAUGGGGUAGUGGGGGUUUUGGUGAUUUUUUGCAACAUCUGUUUAAGUGAAACAUUUCAAAGAAAUUUUGUGCGUGCCUUAGGGUUAGGGAACUCCUACUGCAAAACAACUUCAUGUCAAAACUUGUUAAAAUGGGGUAUUUUUAUCUUUAGCUUGUUAAAAUGCCCAUUGAAGCAUUUGCUCUAGCUUGAAAAAUUCCCUCAUCAUAAAAAGGAUUAUUGUCAAUAAGUACAAUAGAAUGUACUGAAAUUAAAUUUAGCCCAUGUUAUAAAUAUAAAUGAAAAACACCAGGAUGUAAAAAUAUAAACAGUGUACAUGCUCAGUAUGACCCCUGGUCCUAAAAAUCUAUUCUUGCAUACGCCGAAAUGUGAAAAGGAGUCUCUCUGGGCAAUGGGUUUAUAGGUGAUUGUUUUCUUCCUUAUACCUUUCUGAUUUUUCCAAACUUUCUACAACAACCAUGUAUAAUGUUUAUAGUUUAAAAAUACUAUAAUCUUCCAACUUUAGUUUGUAGCUUGCCCAUGUUCAACCAACCAGAUCUAAGAUGCUAGCCAUGCGAUAUGAUUUAAGGUUGAUAUAAUUCAAAAUUUGUAGUCUCCAUUUAAAAAUUGGUGUUUUCCAAGAAUAUGCAAUGACAUGCAAAGGCGAAAACACUAUUAAGCAAAAAACUAAAGUUCAAAAUUGCGUAUGGCAUGUAAUCCCAAAUUUUUUAAUGUAUACACAUAAGUGCUUAUGAAGAUACUAGAAGAAAACAUAAAAUGCUAACACAGGUCAGUUAUUUGUUAGGACAGGGCAUGUAGGUGAUUGAUUUUCCUUCUUCAUGUUCCUCUGUUUCCAAUUAUUUAUAAUGAACAUGUACAGCUCUUAUAAUUUGAAAAAAAUUAAAAUUCAGUUUGGGAGAAAAAAAUUAUCCAGAUUUGGAAUAUUGGCAAUUUUUCUUUUCUUUUUAAUAUUUAUUGGAGUAAAGUUGAUUUACAAUAUUAUGUUAGUUUCUGCUGUACAGCAAAGUGAAUCAGUUAUACAUAUACAUAUAUCCACUCUUUUUUAGAUUCUUUUCUCAUAUAAGCCAUUACAGAGUAUUGAGUAGAGUUCCCUGUGCUAUACAGCAGGUUCUUAUUAGUUAUCUAUUUUAUAUAUAGCAGUGUGUAUAUGUCAGUCCCAAUCUCCCAAUUUAUCCCUUCUCCCCCCUUAUCCCCUGGUAACCAUAAGUUUGUUUUCUACAUCCAUGACUCUACUUCUGUUUUGUAAAUAAAUUCAUUUGUACCCCUUUUUUUUAGAUUCCACAUGUAAGUAAUAUCAUACGAUAUUUGUCUUUCUGUGUGGCAAUUUUUCUACUUCUCUCUUUGUAGGGGUCGAUCUCCCAUAAUUCCUAGUCAUCCUUUUAUUCCUUCUGCCCUUGUUUCCUCGGGUUCCUCUCGCCUUCCAUUCCUGCAGCUGCUACUCUGUCCAGUCAUUAUUUCCUCUUUCCCAGAACAUGAUAACAGUCUCUUAACCUAGUUGAUUUUCCUGCUGUACUUUGUCUCUCUGACCUACUUCUGAAAGUGCAAAUGCUGGAAUAAUCCACUUGAAUGACGUCGCUCCCUUGCUGAAUAAAUCCACGGCUCACCUUCCUAAUGCUAUUACUUGGAGUCCUCAGCACGACCCCGUGACUGGCCGCCUUAGCAGGUUUGGGCAGUGGGGGGCGGGAGGUGGGCAACAUUACUAGGGCCCUGGCACGGGCCAGGCUUGGGUGGGCAGGCCCUUUGCCAGUCUUUAACUCGCCCUCUGGGACAAAGCAGAGCGGCUUGAUGGUCUAGCUCUGUGGUAAACGUUGUGGAGUCCCACUACAUACAGAUUCAGGCUCCGUCACUGACCUUGAUCUCAUUUAAUCCCUCAGCAUUUCCUCUGUGGUAACACGGAUGUCCUUCCUCCCUCCCAGGGUGGCUGUGAGAGGUCAGGGACCAGCCCUUCGAGGUGAUCAGUAGCUGGUCCCCUCCUGAUCUCUCAUCCUUAGGAGACUGCCCUCUACUCCUUCGUUCCUCAGAGAUCUCAAGAACUCCGCCAGCCGGCCCUUGGCUGUAGGAGUCCACCCCAACUCAUGAGCUCCCCAUUCUCUCCCCAGCCCCAUGGUGACCUCUGGUAGACAUUCCCCCUCAGCAGUGUCCCCACUGCCACCUGCCCCACAAAUACAUCCCUCUCAUUUUGGGCUCUUCCAAAUGUUCAGACCAGGGCCCCAAUAUCUUUACACUCAGCGGUUCUCUUCUUUGCCCUUGACAUGGCCCACUCUUUGGAACGCCUGUUAAAUCGGCUCGGCGACAAUGGCUGCUCCCUCCCACCUUUACCCCCUUGGCCUCCCUCUCCAACAGCGGCACCACAACCCCUCAGACCCCAGAGCAUUGCUUUAGUUCAUGCCUUCAUCUCGUCUGAACUGUGGCCAUAGGCUCCUCUCUGCUCUUUCCUCAUCUCCAGCCUCAUCCCCCACCCCCACCCCCGCUGCUGUGGUGGCGGCUGCUAUUGUAGCCACCCACAGGGCAGCAUAACAUCUGUGGAGCUCUGUAUUCCAGCCUGGAGCUAAACGCUUCCUGUGCUGUCCCUCAAAAUUCCCCUGGUACCCCUGUGAUGGUAGAUUCCAAGAUACCCAUUUGACAGACUAGCAAACAAAGAUUCAGAGAGGUGAAGUUACUUACACACACAUCCCUUUUUCUUCUCUCCCUCUUUUUCAGCUUCAUCUUGGGUAAAAGAUGUGUGAUCAGACCUUUCUCGUUAACGUAUUUGGCUCCUGUGACAAAUGUUUCAAACAACGGGCUCUGAGACCAGUUUUCAAGAAAUCUCAACAGCUCAGCUACUGUUCACCAUGUGCAGAAAUUAUGGCAACAGACGGGCUGCACGAGAACGAGACGCUGGCGUCGCUCAAGAGCGAGGCCGAGAGCCUCAAGGGCAAACUGGAGGAGGAGCGGGCCAAGCUGCACGACGUGGAGCUGCACCAGGUGGCCGAGCGCGUGGAGGCCCUGGGGCAGUUUGUCAUGAAGACCAGAAGGACCCUCAAAGGCCACGGGAACAAGGUUCUGUGCAUGGACUGGUGCAAGGAUAAGAGGAGGAUCGUGAGCUCCUCGCAGGAUGGGAAGGUGAUCGUGUGGGAUUCCUUCACUACUAACAAGGAGCACGCGGUCACGAUGCCCUGCACGUGGGUGAUGGCGUGUGCGUAUGCCCCAUCGGGAUGUGCCAUUGCAUGCGGUGGCUUGGAUAAUAAGUGUUCUGUGUAUCCACUGACGUUUGACAAAAAUGAAAACAUGGCUGCCAAAAAGAAGUCCGUUGCUAUGCACACCAACUACCUGUCGGCCUGCAGCUUUACCAACUCUGACAUGCAGAUCCUGACAGCGAGUGGCGACGGCACGUGUGCCCUGUGGGACGUGGAGAGCGGGCAGCUGCUGCAGAGCUUCCAUGGGCACGGGGCCGACGUGCUCUGCUUGGACCUGGCUCCCUCAGAAACCGGGAACACCUUCGUGUCCGGGGGGUGUGACAAGAAAGCCAUGGUGUGGGACAUGCGCUCCGGACAGUGCGUGCAGGCCUUUGAAACGCACGAAUCUGACAUCAACAGUGUCCGAUACUACCCGAGUGGAGAUGCCUUUGCUUCGGGAUCAGAUGAUGCUACGUGUCGCCUCUACGACCUCCGGGCAGACAGGGAGGUUGCCAUCUAUUCCAAAGAGAGUAUCAUCUUUGGAGCUUCCAGCGUGGACUUCUCCCUCAGUGGUCGCCUGCUGUUUGCUGGAUACAACGAUUAUACCAUCAACGUCUGGGAUGUCCUCAAGGGAUCCCGAGUCUCCAUCUUGUUUGGACAUGAAAACCGUGUUAGUACUCUACGAGUUUCCCCUGAUGGGACUGCCUUUUGCUCAGGAUCAUGGGAUCAUACCCUCAGAACUAAAAAUUAUCUAUUUGUGUCUUUGCAGGUCUGGGCUUAAUCAUAAUUCACAUAUAGGUACCUGAGGAUAGAAUUUGAAAUCGUCACAUGUAAAUAGAUCUUGCUUCUAGAGGAUCUCAGAGUUUAUUGCAACUUAGCUUAAGGGAGCAGCUCCAUGACUGAAAGUUCAGCAAGCAUCUCCAAUAUUACUGUUAAAACCACCACCCUGGAAAGACCCCAGUGUGAGCCUUUAGCACUAUGAGAACACCGUCAAGUACAGUGUUUUUCAUUUCAAACACUUUUUAAAAUGUAUCUGUUUUUAAGGUUAUUCUAAACUAUCAUCUCAACUCAUUCUAUCCCCAGUACAGUUCAGCAUAUAAUAUAUUCCAUAUUGUUUCCUUGAAUCAAAUUUAUUUUUCGGAGCACUUUAAAAGCUGAUUUUUCUCAGUGUACACUGUGACUUUUGGAACGUUCCCCUGCAAGUGCUGACUUUAAUGCACUGUGUGAGAAGGACAGUGUUAAUUGGUCUUUGAUAGAAGAGAAUGCCAAUUCCAAAUGUAAUUAGACAGAAUCAAUUUUUUUAAAGUGUGUUUUUAUGGUGAAAGUAUCCUUUUCAGCCUUGCGUCCUAUUGUAUUUUUUCAGAUAAAACAUUUUCAUAUGUGUAAACAGUUAUAAAUGAAGCAGAGAUAUCAUAAAAUAGAAGGUUUGAUGUGUGAAUCUUGUGAUUGUGGGAUAUAUCUCUGCAUCAUGGGGACAGGACGUUUUCUUAGAGGGAAAAGCUGAAUGUUGUUUGUGACACAAAUGCUUCUCAGAGCAACCAAAACCUUUCUGUGUAGGAACACAAGACAGUAAACUCAUUUAAAAAUCUGUUUGUAGUGUUAGACGUAUUAGGAUUAGUAGCAUCUACUCAGGCUAAAAUGAAUCUUGUUCAUAUCAGUUAUACUCAUCUUUAUUGCAUUGCAAGUGCAAUUACAUAUACAAAUUAAUUGAUAGGUCUCGAAUGAUAAUGUCUUUGUUUCACUUAUAUUGAGGAGAAAUAGCAUAAAAUAUAUCUUGUCUUUAUGUGAAAUUCAGCAGUUCCUUCUGGAAGGUACCAAGUGUUUUAGUUACAAUUUUCAGUUCUGUUUUGUUUUAAGGUGUAGAGGCUGUUUGUUUUAGAAAACUCCUCACUCAUAAAGAUGGCAUGCACCACUUAGGGAAAUAGAAGGUCAUCUCAGACCAAAAAUGGUGCCUGGGUGAGGCUUGCCCUGUGGGUGGUCUGGGGUCUGGCAGGCCGGGUUCUCCUGGUGCCCGAGGGCUGUGUGUGCUGAGUCCCCUGGAUCCUCGGUCCCCUCUCUUGGCCCUGCUCCAGCCUGGCCCUUUUCCUAAUGGUAGUUCUGGCUUUGCAGGCCCAGCCGCAGGCUCUGCUGCUUGAAGUUGCCCUUCCAGGGCUGGAGCCAUCCGAUAGGCCUGGACCCAGUGCCCCUGUAAACCUCAGGGGGCGUGCCAGCAGGCCCACCUGCAAAACAACUUGUUCAGGUAUCAAGAUGGGCCCAGUCAGUCAAAAAUUACCCAAGCCAGCUUUUCAAUCAACUCUUUUUAAAUAAACAUAAUGAUUAUAUACAAUCAUUUGCCAAGAAAACAUUUACCAAGGGUUUUACUACACAACAGGCCCUGGAGUAGAGAGAGAAAAUAUGAAAGGCUCCUGCUCACCCCCCUACCCCCUCACCCCCCCUCCUCUCACAUCCCCCAGACCUCCACCCCGCCCUACCCACCUUGAGAGCCCAGAGGGAAGGGGGUGCAGAGCAUGGUCCAGAGGGACAACUUUUCAGCCACCUUCUCCCUCUGGUAUAGAUUCCAGUCUGAACAGGCGCUCAGGGAAAUGGGCACAGGGUCUACCCAGCUCCUGCCAACUGCUGAAGGGCUGGCCCCACAAUGUGUCCUGUGAAAUUCUCAAGCUCUGCUCCCAGAAUGUUCCUGAGCUUGUUCCUGGGCUCCUAGUUAUGGCAUCCCCUUCCCUCUCUCCCACAGACCUUUUUGUGCCUCUGCACUCUGACCUGGGCCUCCCAGAAUUGAAGGAAGGCAGGGCAAAGGAAAAGUUACCCAGACUCUGGGGAAGCAAAUUCAAGGUUAUAUGUUUGGAGAGGUGGGGGAGCAUCUUCAGUAUAUGUGCAAAAUAGGCCCUAACUUUCCAAUCAAAAAAGUGACCACAAUGUGACCACAAAAGUGACCACAUUUCAGCCAUAAAAAGAAACGAAAUUGACUUAUUUGUAGUGAGGUGGAUGGAACUAGAGACUGUCAUACAGGGUGAAGUAAGUCAGAAAAAAAAAAAAUACCGUAUGCUAACACAUACAUAUGGCAUCUUAAAAAAAAAUGGUUCUGAAGAACCUAGGGGCAGGACAGGAAUAAAGAUGCAGAUGUAGAGAAUGGACUUGAGAACACGGGGAGGGGGAGGGGUAAGCUGGGACGAAGUGAGAGAGUGGCAUGGACUUAUAUACGCUACCAAAUGUAAAACAGAUAGCUAGUGGGAAGCAGCCGCAUAGCACAGGGAGAUCAGCUCUCGGUACUUUGUGACCACCUAGAGGGGUGGGAGAGAGACGCAAGAGGGAGGGGAUAUGGGGAUAUAUGUAUACGUAUAGCUGCUUCACUUUGUUAUACAGCAGAAACUAACACACCAUUGUAAAGCAAUUAUACUCCCAUAAAGAUGUUUUAAAAAAAAAUAAAAAAUAAUUUUUAAAAAAGUGACCUUCAAGGCCCUAAGAAAGUAUUCCCUCAAACACUCACCCCCAUGGGCAGUUAGCCACCUCCCCUAUAAGUAUUUAAUCUCACAGUGCCUGUUGUUUAGUAUUUAUUGAUGAAAUACUUGGUUGGAAAUAUACUACACCACAUGGAGACUGAAGGAUAAACCCCAGGUAAUAAAUUAUAUUUUGCAUAUUCAAAAUAA